AUGAGCGCCAACCAGCUUAGUAAAGCCGCAACACCGAAGGCUACACCACUAGGCGCAGCGCAAGGGGCGUCAUCGACAUCACUGCAUUCGUUCACCUCUUUUCAACCACAAGAUGCAUCACAUGUCGAACAGAACAAACUACACAGUGUGGCGAUAUACGAGGACCUCUGCCAAUAUGAGGAAUCACUACAACGUCUGGUGACAUCUGUGGAUAAAUUCCAGCCCGACCUCGAAGCUGCACAGGAACUUAUCGAGAUUGAUUCCAAGUUAUAUUCCAACCUAGCUCAGCUUCCGAAGUAUGACCUCAUAGACUCGCAGCUAAAGAAACUGGAAGAGGAGUCAAAGGAUAUAGACGAACGCACCGCCAAGAUUCUCGGUAUUCUUGGGGAGUGCUACAAUGACCUGAAUUCCCUGCCUAUGGUUGAGCAGGUUGAAUUCGAGAUGGCCACGAUGAAGAAACAGAAGGACAAAGUCAACUCGAGUGUGCUGCUGGAGUAUGCUAUGAAACUGUCGAAGUUCACCCGCGUCCCGCCAACGUUUAAUAAAGAUGCUAUAGGGCCAAACAAUUUCAUAUGGCCGGCAGAAGACGCCAUCAGACGAGGCAUGUUAGCUAUGGCGUCGCUGAAGAGCAAGGAGCUGACUUCCUUGCCUGGUCAGUCCGACCAGGAGGCUGAACAGGCUUCGGCAGGAAAGGAAGCAGACACUGCGGGUCCCGGUGUAUCGACCCUGGAACCGGCAAACGGCGGUCAUAACAGAAGGGGCUCCUUUGAGUUCACCGGGAUCAGAAAGCCACCGCCUGCCAGCGAUGCGGACAGCUCGGUGGUGGACGAUGGAGACGCAUCCAUGGACUUGGAUCUCAACUUAUUCAAUCCAGAUGAAUUUUAA